GUGGCGUUUGGGGUGUAAACAAAAACUGAAAAUAGGAAACGACAACAUCAGAUGAUUUCCAUGAAUUUUUAAAUCAUAUAUACUGCUGAGCUGUUUGAUAAUCAGAAUGGACUCUGGUGGAAUAGUAAUGGCAGGGGCAAAUAAGCCAUACCAGUGUAAUGUUUGUUUCAAGAGAUUUACCCAGAAAGCUCAUUUGACAACGCACCGACGUACCCAUACAGGGGAGAAACCUUACGCCUGUCACAUCUGCCAGAAAAGAUUUGCACAGUCCUCCCAUCUGAACUCGCACAAACGAACACACACAGGAGAAAAACCGUAUUACUGUGUCAUAUGUAGCCUGGGAUUCUGUCGAAAACAACGCCUCGAACAACAUCUCCGGGAAGUUCACAACGAACAACAGAACUCCCUCCCAGAUCUGUCAGCCGCUGAGUUCCAUGAAGGUUUCUCUGGACUGAAUUUUACUGAGUAUAAAACAGAUAUAAGCAACCAGGCAAAUCUGGUGACUUCCAGCCACAGGAGAAAACCAAAUAUCGUAAACCACUUCAGCAUUGAAGACUUUAGUUCAGUGGGAUCCUCCGACAAUGCUGAAGAUGGCACAGAUAAAGUGGGCAAAAGUUGUCACGUGAAGCUAGAGGACGCUGGAUCACUGGACAUGGAUGGGAUCAGUCUACCACCAGACAGUGCAUCAUUUCCCGAACCCAGCAGCUCCACUGAACCAAAACCAAAAAGACCAAGGAAAAAGACAUUAAAACAAGAGAAGAUCAAUGUCAAAGACCUUAAUUUCACUGAGGCACAAAGAGAUUCAGGAGAUGAGGCAGAUAUGGGGGAUGGAGCCAGUGUUACAAGUGAGAGCAACAUGUCAGGCUCAGAAAUCAGUCUGUCUUCAUCUCCACAAAAAUGUCAGCUGUUCCCUACCAUGAGUAAGAAUUCUAAAUCAAUAGCCCGCUAUAACAGCCUGAGUAGUAAACCUUCACCUAGUCUUUAUAACUCUUCCAUUGGCACCAACUCCAGAGUCUGCCUUGUUAAUUUCACCAAUGAGGAUCUGUUUACACAUAUGAUGUCUAGGGAUGAUGUGUACAAAUGUGAAUAUUGUUGUGUUAUAUUCCAAGAUGCAGCCAUGUAUCACCUUCAUCGCAGUAUGCAUGAUAAAAUGGACAUCCGUUGUUGUAACAUGUGUGGGAAAUUAGCCAGUGACAAGUACGACUUUAUAGCACACUAUCUCAGUGAGCAUAAAUAAAAUUAUCUCAUAUAAAACUUAGUAUACUAUGUACAUGCUCUAUCUCAGUGAGCAUGGAUAUAGCAUUAUCUCAAACAAAACAGUAUUCUUAUAGAAUAAUAUUUUAAGCUUUUUAAGGUCUGUUGAAACAAAGCUUUGUUAGAGUAUGCUUGACCAUAGUAAAGUGUAUCUGAAGACUUUCCUUGUAUUAAGAUAAAUAUCUUAAUAUUAAGAUAAAUUUGUGUUCUAAAUGAAGGACAUAUUAUAGUAUUGGUAUAAGACAUUCCACACUUCUGUUUGUGUUCAUAUUCCGCCAUGAUUGUCAAUUUUUUUUAAAGACAUUUGUGUUCAUUAAUAGGUAUGGACUAUCAAUUCCAUCCCUUUUAGUCAAUCUUUAUUUUGAAAAGGCAAAGCAUUUCAUCUCUGUAACAUUUACCAGUUUAAUUGAGUCAUUUUGAAAUAUACAAUGACAAUCAUGUAGAAAUGUAAAUGUUUAAGGUUCAUUGAUACUCUGAUAAGAGAGAUAACUCUUAAUGACAUAAAUGUCUAUUAUUCCUUUGUAAAUUUUUCCAGUUGAAAUGUCUUUAUUGCCCAAAUUUGCCCUGCAAGCUAUGCUAUAAUUGUUUGUAUUUUACUUAACAAAUACAUUUCUUUUGGAAAAUCAUAAGCGUUAAAGCAAUAUUUUAUAUGAGUGAGCAGAGGGUUUAUGAACCUUAAAAUGUUUACAUGUAAAUGUAAAUGUCUGAUUAUCCCACAAAUUUUUGCGUUGUAAAUGUCUUUAUUUCAAUAAAGUAUUAUAUACUCGAUAGGGAAUGGAGAUUGUUUAUUUGAUACAUACAUAAUACAUAGACAUUUGUUUCAUUGAUUUUAAAACAUAUUUACCUGAAUUAUUACCAUCAGCUUAAACAAUAUGCAGUGUAUUCCUUUCCUGCUAAUUAUACAUGUAACACUGAUUUAACUGGAUCUAUGAUGUUGAGAUGCCCAGCUUUGUUGACAUGCAUCAUACGUGUAACAUGUAAUGAACUGUUGAAGUUGCU